GGGGAAGGUGGAAUUUGGGGAAUACUGGGGGAAGGUGUAUGGUUAGUUCGGGGUGGUGAGCUCUGAUCUACCCUAGUCAUGUGCCUUGUCUUCACAGAGCUCUGUAUGGAAACAAUUCCCGAGGGUUUCAAAGAAUUUUAUAGCCCGUACUUCUCCACCGAUGAAGCACUGACUUGCAUAUCUGACUGUGAGGAUUCCUCUGAGAAGUACAAAAGCUGUAACAAAGGCACUUGUCAAAUCCGGAAACAAACUGGCCGUGCAUGCCUCUGUCCUGAUACAGAGAUCUACCUCUAUAUGUACUCUGACUGUAAAGGGCCCAUACUGAAGUCUGGUGUGUACGGAGGAGUCGGAGCUGCCAUCGCUGUCUUGUCCCUUGCCUUAAUCACUGUGACUUACCUAUUGUUCAGACGUGGUAAAGACAAAAAACUACUAGAACCUUUUGCUAUCGAUCAAGAAGAUAACUGGUCUGAAGAAAAUGACAGCGAGUGGCAUGUAGAUCGUGGGAUCACCAACUUGCCUGCAAAUGUGCAUGAAACAAAUGGAGAUUCAUCCAACAACAUCUCUUCAAGGGAGAAGUUUAAACCAACCCUGGAUAAAAUAGACACAACAAUUGAGAUCAAGAUACAGAGACCAGAGGUUGCCAGGUUGUGAUCUGACCUCUUGGACAGUGCACAAUUGGGGGUCACCAUCACAGAAACAUCAUAAAAAAAGUGUGAUUGACCAGCUGUGAUAUGCCUUCAACAGUGUCCUUCACGAAGAAUGUCUUCUAAUGUACAUUCACCAUCAUUAGAUCGAGUCUUUAACUUCACUGGGUUCAUGUAAAGAUGA